AUGUUCGAGAUGCGGGGUGACGACAUGGCGCGCGUCGUGUCGGACCUGAUCCGGGAGAGGCUUAUCGAGCCGUACGUGGACGCCGACCUGAGGUCUUUCGAUCUGUCAAUCGACCAUCGCAACCAGACCAAUGACACGGUCACCCUGGAUGCCGCCCAGGCGCUCAAGGUACACAACGUGCGCGGCGUCAAGUGCGCCACCCUCAGGGUCGAGAAGGACGUUCUCGAGAAGUACCACUUCAAGCGCACGUGGAUGUCACCCAACGGCGCCAUUGGCAACGCCCUCGGUGGUGACGUGUUCCGGAAGCCCAUCGCCUGCCGCAAGAUGCCUCCGCUCGUGAAGCAGUGGCGCAGGCCCAUCAUCAUCGCGCGCCACGCGUUCGGCGACCAGUACAAGGGCCAGGACUACGUGGCCCCCGGAUCAGGCACGCUCCAGAACAAGUACUCGCCUACCAUGGGAGCUCCCUACAACAAUCACGCUUUUUACCUGCCCGUGCGCGGGACUUUGCGGGAGGAGUUGGCAUGCAGCUCCCCAAGGGGGAGUGCCUCGAGCUGCACGCCAUGCCAAGAUUCUACCAGGCCCUUGAAGAUGCUGCUGCCAGCCAAGCUUCAAGGACAGCUGCCUCCCAGCAAAGUCCUGGCCGUAGGGGACCUGUUGCAGGCCAGCCACGGAGUGUGUAUGUUCUUACAGCGUGGCCACUGCCAGCCAGCUCACCUUGCGGCUUUAGAGACUCCAGAAACGAGUGGCUCCACCAGGCGAGUGGCACACGCAGUUGCACUUUGA